ACCGUCCGGGGAACCGAGUGAGCGCAGCGGCUGGGGAGCUGCCGGUCUGCCGCCUUUCCCACUAGGAGAGCCCCAGGGCCCGGGGACGGCCGCUUGUCGGCUCGCCUACCCCUUACCCCGUUAGUCGGUGUUUGAGCCGAGCCUCCCGCCAACACCGUUUCUUUCUCCCAACCCUCCCCCCCCCCAAUUUUUAAAAAUAUAUAUUUUCGCUGCUGCGUUGCGGGUUGAGAUGUUUCUGAAAGCGAGGGGUUUGCGGGGGAGUUGAGGAACUGGAUGUCAUUUCUCUGGAUGUGUCACUGUAUGUACUUCCUAAGUCUUCCAGUAGGUGGAAUUGAUGAACACUCUAGGACCAUAUCAGUGUAAAAUUAAGGACUUGGUUCAUUUUGCAAAAAGCAGGUGAUCAGCUAACAAAUCAUUGGGAAAGUAUUACAUGACCAAGUAUUAAAUGCUGCAUGCAAUCAAGGUGUGAUUUAUCGUGUGCUAAAUCUCCCAGCACUUCAGCAAGAUCAACUUUGUGUACAGUAUUUGUACAGUUGACAGAAAUCUAAGGUACGUGUUUAACCUAUGGAUAAAGUUGGAAAGAUGUGGAGCAAUUUAAAAUACAGAUGUCAGAACCUUUUUGUUAAUGAAGUUGGAAGCCGAAAUGAAAAUGACUUAAACUGUCCGAAAUGUUCAGUUGGUAAAAAUGCAAGCGCACAAGUUGGUGAUCUGCCCCAGCAGGGUUUAAAUCCAUUAAAUAGACAUGGAACUAUACCAUUGGCUACAGACACAUGUCUAAAAGUUGACAGAAGAAAUAGAAACUGUGUUUCUGACAUCCCAGAGAUUGUUGAAGCUGAUUUAGAUAAGGAGAAUGAAAACUUGGCUGCUGCACCAGAGUCUCAUCUUGUUCGGAGAGACUCUUACUCCCGUCAUGCUCCAUGGGGUGGGAAGAAGAAACAUUCUUGCUCUACAAAAAUGCAAAUGUCAUUUGAUACAGAUAAGCGUUUUAGUCGGACAAGGCAUGGGUUACAGAGACGUGAAAGACGGUAUGGUGUAAGUUCCAUACAUGAUAUGGAUAAUUUGUCUAAUCGGACUAUGACACGACAAUCUAUACGCCAGCGUUUCCAAGAAACUGUAGGACUGUGUUUUCCAUUGCGAACACGUAAUAAACAGCCUAAGAGCUUAUUCUCAAGCAGGAGAAAAAUAUUGCUCUCCGAACUGAUGCUUGAAAAAUGUCCUUUUCCAGCUGGGUCAGACUUAGCCCAAAAAUGGCAUCUUAUUAAGCAACACACUGCUCCCGUGAGCUCGCAAUCAGCCUGCUGGCUUGAGACGUUUGAUCCAACUUUUGCUUCUGCAGAAGAUGAAGAAGAUCGGCUUCGAGAAAGACGAAGGCUCAGCAUCGAAGAAGGGGUCGAUCCUCCUCCCAAUGCCCUCAUACACACUUUUGAAUCCACUUCACAAAUUAAUCAAACAUACAAGCUGGGACCAAAGUUAGCACCUGGGAUGAGUGAGCUUUCCGGUGACAAUCGCGCAAUGACAAAUGGAGACUGGGACUCUGAAGAGGACACCACAACACUCUGUCUCCAGGCACGCAAACCCAAACCACGACAGGUGCCAGGAGAAAACUUUAGUCACUGUACCAGACCUGGGCCCUGGAAAGUGCAUACACAAAUUGAUUACAUUCAUUGCCUGGUGCCAGAUUUGCUUCAGAUUACAAGUAACUCUUGUUACUGGGGAGUGAUGGACCGUUACGAAGCUGAGGCUCUCCUUGAUAGCAAACCUGAAGGCACCUUUUUACUCAGGGACUCGGCACAAGAGGACUACCUCUUCUCCGUCAGCUUCCGCCGUUAUAACCGCUCCUUGCAUGCCAGGAUUGAGCAGUGGAAUCACAAUUUUAGUUUUGAUGCCCAUGACCCCUGUGUUUUUCACUCCACCACGGUAACUGGCCUUCUGGAACAUUAUAAGGAUCCCAGCUCAUGCAUGUUUUUUGAACCUUUGCUUACUGUUCCACUGACCAGAACUCUUCCUUUCAGUCUGCAGUACAUCUGUCGUGCAGCCAUCUGCAACUGUACAACAUAUGAUGGGAUAGAUGCACUUCCACUUCCCCCGCCUUUACAAGAAUAUCUGAAAGAGUACCACUACAAGCAGAAAGUACUUGAACACUUCGUGGUGUCUGAUUUUCAGUGGAUACUGCAGAUCCACCUACAAAUUAAUGUGCAUGUAUUUAUUAUGUUGGCAUUUAGGAAUUUACUAGCUAUUGAAGUUGUCUGUGUGCAGGAUAUGGUCAAAAAGGAUUCACUGAUUCAGAGCAACUUUGGGGCUCUGUAAAAUUGUAGAAGCUACACAUAGUAUGCACAUUUACUGUAGGAUCUUGGAAAUCAUGUGAUGGAAUUGAAUCAAAUUUUAAUGAGACCACCAUUUUGGAGAUUAAGCACCACUUUUGUGUUGGAUUACCAUUCUGGCAUUUGACCUGGAUGAUUUAGGCCAAACUGGAAGGAUUUUACUUUUAUUUUGAUGUCUGCAAAGUUCUCUUUUUUUUUGUAAGUAAUAGAUUCUUUGGAGUGAUUUCAGGAUAAUUGGGUACCGGAUGAUUAUACAGUGCAGCUUGAGUGCUUGAUUGAGAGAUUACUGCACUUUCAGAGGUGCUGUCUUUAAGAUGGGAUGUUAAAUCAAGAAACCGUCUGCUCCCUCGAGUGGACAUAAAAGAUCCCAUAACACUAUUUUGAAUAAUAGCAGGGGAGUUAUCCCCAGUCUCAUAGCCAAUGUCUACCCCUCAGUUACAUCAGUAAAAACAGAUUUGUGGUCAACAUCACACUGCUGCUUGUGGGAGCUUGCUGCACACAAAUUGGCUGCCACAUUUCUUGCAGUACAACAAUAAAGCACUUUGGGAUGUCCUCAAGUCCUGAAAGGCUCUAUAUCAAUGUACAUCUUUUUCUUUUGUGAGCAUUGUCUGACCCUUGAGAUUACUACCUUGAAAUCAUUUCCAAGCAUUUUCUUUUGAAGGGGAUGGGCGACUUCUAUUUUGUUCUUUCCUUAGUAAAUGUCAUGAUGAACAUUGGUGAAGAUGAUCCUUGCAGUUUAUACACCACAUCCUCCAAUGAAAAGUUAAUUGACGCUAAUGAGUGACCAACUAUAGAUUAUCACUCGAUCGAUGUUACUUUCUGAUGAGUGCCAUUUUAGUUGUAAAAUCUGUCUGAACAGUAUAGGAAAACUUGUAACAAUGAGAUUGGAGUGGAGGGAUCUGUAAAUUGAGUUUAGAAAUCCAGAUAAAGCAUACAAAUGGUUUGUUUUUCAGCCUGAGAGCAGGAAUCCAGGCUAACACUUGUGCAGUUGGAAGAGUAUAACUUUAUUUUGGCAAUUAAGGGUGGGUAAAGGACCAGAGAAUAUAAAUUUAAGUGAGAGAAGUGCAUUUAAAACGGAUUAGGAAAACAUUAAUACUCAAGGGUUAUGUUUGGAAUAACUUGACAGAUAAGGGAAUAGACACAUAAAUACUAGGGACUUGUAAAACUGCAGCUGGGUCCCAUGUUAAGGUAGAGGAGGGAUGAGCUCCAGUGGGAGGAUUUCACUUCCUGUGUUUUGAUUAUAAUUAGGAAAUUGGAUGCCCUUGUAAUUUUUCUGUAGUUGCUGUUUCCCUAUCCUAGCAGUAGUUUUUGCUGCAAAAUGGCAACAAUAUGUCAGCUAUUGUUUGACUGAGACAUCACAGAACACAGGAUAAUGAACUAUCUUCCUCUAUUCUUGCAAAAUAAUUUCCCCUCUUAGUAUCACUUUUUUGAUGAAUAUGGGGCCACUUCCAAAUAUAUGGUCAGGGAGUGAGGUCAAGAAUUUUUCAUAUUUGUAUUAAUUACAGUUAUGUGGCUUUAUGCCGUGUAUUGUGAGUUUUAGGUGACUAAGGUUUUGCAGGGAAUUUGUCUGCAUUUUUAAAGUGACCAUUAGAUUAUUUGGGACCCAAGACCAACCAUAAUUUAAAUUUCAAACAUGGACUAAGCAUUUUAGUGAACACCUUGUGAAGGGAUUAACGUUUACGAUAAUGGUGAAAACUACAAUCUCACCACAUUUGUUAGCCUUUUGACUAGCCCACUUUGUCACAACAGGGCCAGUUUCACUUUUUAUUUCAAAUGAUAACACCCUGAGGAGUGUUUGAUUUUCAUGUUCUCUUAGGAUGUUUUAAAAGUUUUAAUCCAAUACUCCGAAAAAUGUAAAGAAAAUGUUUUAUUAUGUAUUUGUUCCAUAAGGAAUUAACUGAUAUUUCUUAAAUCUAGCUUUGUUCUUGUAACACAAAUGAAGUUGCUGUGACAGUGUCUAGAAAUUCAGUAGUUGCUCUAUAAAAUGCUAAAUGAUUCUCACCUUUUUGCAAAAUAGCCAUGCUAGGCAGCCACUGCAAUUUUGGCAGUCCAUUCCUAUCCAAGAUUAGCUCAUUUGAUCCUGUAUGUACUGCAGCUUGUGUAUCCCAUGCUGUGCAUCUUCCUUUCUUCUGUGACAAAGGAAAAAGCAGCAUUUAGAAAGUUGCUUUAUAUUGUAGAAAAAGCAGGUACAAACUAUUAUUUUGUUGAAUCUGAUUGUUUCAUGUCCUUUUGCUGAUUCAAAAUCUUAAAUGUGCAGCCAGGAGUUCAGUUUUUAACUGUUUCAAGGAUUGCUUGAGACAUUGGAAGGUGCCAACUGAAACAAUUCAAUCUAUACUGGAAACGUCAGAUUCACUGUUUCCAGGUCAAGUAGAUAGUGUUACCAUGUGAAAUCCAUUUCAAAAGCUAAACAUUAGCAAUUCUUGUAUUCCAUAUUUUAGUUUUCAAGAUUUAUCUCCUUUUCACAAGGUUUACUUUAAUAGCACAAUAGUAUUUUUCUGCUGUGUGCUGUGAAAGUACAUCCUGGAAAAUCCUUAAUCACCCGAUAUCCUUUAUAUGAGUUGUAUGUUUAUAUUUGUGAUAUUGUCCACAACUGCUGUGAAGCUGAACUUUAGCUUUAUUGCAUCAAAAAUAGUUUCAAAUUAGGUUUAUUUCAACUUGUAACUAAGCUAUUCAGUAAACUUGCAAACACUACUGUGUCACAUUUAUUCUAAUAGUUUGUUCUCAUUAUUAGUAUAGUGGUUUGAUUCUUGCCAUAUGUAUGAUGUAGUUUGGUUUAAUGUCUAACUAAAUGUGCAGAACAUGCACAUUUAAGCUGUAACCAUUUGUCACCAGCAUAGUUGAUCUCCCACAAUUGUGUAUAUAUUCCAACUGCAUCUGGUUUUCAUUUUCAUUUAUGUACCUGCACAAGAUUGUUAAAUUAAUCUAAGCUUGUCUGCAAAACAACCAUCUUUAUGUUGAGCCCUGGUGAAGCAUACUCCAAGUAAUAGAAUUGGUUCAAUUGUGUAAAUUCAUUCUCUUCAGAGUGUCUAUAAUUGUUAAUUGAUGUAGACCUCUGAUCAACACCUGCACCUGAUUUACACUUGAGGUGCUUUUGAAAGCAAUAAUUUGUUUAAAGAGCAUGCCUGUAAGAUGUUCUGUAAUGAUCCUGAAACUUGAAGCAUUAAUUGCUGUACUAUUUUUCCAGCUAAAAGGAAUCUUAUUGAGAGAUUCUCAAUUUCUGGCUGAUCUUUUUACUCAGGUAGUUGAGGGUGGCAUGGCAAUGAUUGCAGGGUCCAAAACCCUUAUCUAGAGUUAACAAUUAACUUUUUCCCCCCAAACUGUUUAAAUCUGCUCAGAAUCUUGACUUAAAUCUGAAGGGAAGUUUCUGUAUAGACUUUUCAUUAAUUGAGAAUGUAGCUGAAAUAAAAUUUUAAUCCUUUUUUGUCAAUUAAACCAUCAUGUACAAAUAGAAUAUUGCUUAUCCAAAGAGGAAAAUUUAAUGUGCAGGAUAUUGUUCCAUUUAAGAGAAUUUUGCUCUUUGUGGUUGGAGAAUAAUUUCCAUAUGAUGCCAUACUUAUGUAAAUUAAACCAAGAUGUACGCCUGUUCAGCUGGAUAUUACAAAUUCUAUGGCAUUAUUCAAAGAAUUGGGAAUUCUCCUGGUAUCCUUACCAUGUCUCUUCAUUCAGUACUAUCUGAACCAGAUUAACUGGUCAUUGACCUGCUGGGUGUUUGUGAAAUGGUGCUAAUUGGUUGCUGUGUUUGCCUGUGUAUGUCACUCCAUUUUAAGAAGCAAUUAGUUGAUUAAAUGCUUGAAGAUGUUUUGACAUGAAAGGCAUAAAUGCAAAUAUUUACUUUUCAUCUGCAGUAUUUUGGUACCAUUUCCAUCAAUGCUAUCAUGAGCAGUGGCCUAUUAGGGCCUGCACCAGUCAAAUUGCACUGGUUUCUAAUUCAUGAGCUCCUGACUUAAAAAAAAAAAUUGGAUAGUUGACAAUAGAUAUUUUCUGAUAGACUCUUGAAAUGUCUUUUGUACCUUCAUUAUUACACAGCUUUUCAGAAUUUGAAGCUCUAAUUUUUGCGGAGGUUAAACAAAUUAGAGAAUUAAAUCAGUGUAAGUAAAGGGUAUCUCUAUAUAAUCACACACUUAAGCUCCCUCCCAAUCUACCCUUCUUGAGUGCUUUCACUCUUUUUCUUGAAUUUCAUACUCUUGUUACUUUUGGAUCUCCAAGUUGCGUGGCCCAGAGCAACUUAUUCUGUACUUCAUAAGGUAUGGAGAUCACUUGACCAUCCAAGUCACAAAUUUCUAAAAUGAUGUACCAGCUGAUUCUCAUAAUGGGAUAAUAGUGUCCUGUGUGUACAUGCAAACUAAGCAGCAUUUGAGCGCUUCUAUGACUCCCACUAAGACUCAAGCCUAAGUUUCUAUCAUAAUGUAUUUCGAUAAAUUUCAAGUUGCGAUUUUGGUCAAAUUUGCAUCUUAAUAUGAACUUAGUUGCUCUUCAUGGCCUAAAUAAUUCCUGUGAAAUCCAAAUACAAUUGUCAAUUUUGUGUAUUGUACUGUGUGUUUUACAUAGACCGUUUGCUUUCCAGGUUAUAGAAAUUAACUUAAUGGAUUUCAAGUCAAAAAUAAUUCAAAAACUGAUUUAAUACAGUUGAAUGGAUCCACAAGUAGAAGUUAGCCAAGAUCCAUGAAAAAUUGCCUCCCUACUUGAAAAAAUUAUAAAGUUCUCAGUACCUUCAAAUUUGAAGGAUUAUUUUAAAAAAUAGUGAAUGACAAUGUUCAAGUUAAUUCAGUUCCGUGAUUUUAAUAUUGAAUUGAGUGGGGCAGGUAAGAUAAUACAGAUUCAAUAUUGAGUUAACACACUAGCCUUUAACCUCUGAAUCAAGCCCAUAAUGAUUUGGAUGAAAACAAACCACCUGCUUUCAAUUGCCUUUUGUAAACUUAUAAUUAGGGCAGUCUCACCUCAGCUCUGGAUGAACGUGGGUCUACAGCACAAAACUGCCCUGAACUGACAUACACUGGCCAUAAUGAUGGCUGGUGUGGAAAUUUAAUUCCUGUUAAUGAAUUCAAACCCCAGCGAAAUAUUACACUGCUUUUAGUUUUUGUAAUUUUCAUAAGACACCUUAACACUCAUGAGCCUUUGGUCUUUAAAAAGGCACAACUUAAUUAUCUUCUGCUAUUUCUCCUGAAUGCUUUUAGAGUCUGCUGUAUAUGGAUGCUAUCUAUUUCUGUGCACGUAGGUGGAAAACAUCUUGCAGCUUUCAUCCCUUUUUGUGGGUCGUGGUCUAGUUUGCUUAGUGGAUUCUGAAGCACUUUGCAAGAUUUCUAAAGCUGUGUAAAUAUUGAGUUCAUUGUUCCUUCAUCGAAACAACCUGAUGAUGAGUAAACUAGGGAUUCUGAAGAUGCAAGCUAAGACUUUUAUUUCUUGUCUUUUCAAGAGGAAGAACUUAGCGGAGAAGGUUCUAAUCUAUGAUUUUCUAUAAAAAUUGUCAAAAAAUAUGUUUGAGCAGCAAGUACAUGGCUUGUCUCAUGGUAUUUUAAGCUGUAACAAACUUUAUUUAGUUCAUUUAGUUAAAGAAAUUAAAAGCUGGAUCAUCUUUCUCAUGUUUUAUUUUUGGAAAACAACUUUGAGCAUGAUGGUGACAUGGUCCAUUUGUUACAGCAACUGCCACUUAACCAAUGUAGUACAUUCAUGGUUUUGACUUCCAUCUGUUAUGAUUGUUAGCAGAGAAAAAAAUUCUUUUUUAAAUUUCAAAGGAAAUGUACAGCUUUUUUGUGUGGGCUCUACAACUUAGGGCAUAGGUAGUAUACCUGGUCACUUAUUUCUAAUUGUGCUUUAUAUUACAUUAAAGUUCUUUGAAUGUGCUGUCAAACAGUAUUUUUGCAGUUUAGCUGAAAGUAAUUAUUUGCAUAUAUGUUCAACCCCUCAAACAAAAACAUUUGUGCACUUUGAGAUUUUUAAAAAUCUACUUUUUGUGGGGGAAGUGUGUGUGUGCCUAUCAGCGUAUCAAAUGCUUUGACAUAAGCUACUUGCUGUAAUGCUUUGUUUAUAACUAAAUGUUUGUGCUUCUGAAUUUUAAAAAAACUGGCUACAUUUGCUUUUGAGAGAUCCAGCUUUUAGCACAUGGCCAAUAAAUGCAUUUAUUGUAAUAUGUAUUCUGUUAUACUCUUAACAAGUAAAUGUCUGUUUAGGGUAUUGUUUACGUUGCAUAUAAAAAUAAUGUAUGAUUCUCUUAGCUGUAGAUUAACGCUCAUUCUAGUGUUGUAUAAUACAGUUUUUGUAUCCUCAGCUCUUUUCACUUGCUAUAAUAUUGCAACCAUCCUUCCCUUUCUUUACACCCUGAAGACUUCCUUGGUGUUCACUCUGGCUUCAUUGUCUUAAUAUGGAAUAAAGACUACACACACUAAA